AUGGACCCAAUUCGUCUGACAGUUCUCAUAUCCGGAUCCGGAACAAACCUCCAAGCCGUUAUCGACGACACUACACUCCCCGCAAAAAUUGUCAGGGUCAUCUCCAACCGCAAAGACGCCUUUGGCUUGGAACGUGCUCGACGCGCCAACAUCCCCACACAGUACCACAACCUCGUGAAGUACAAGAAGCAACACCCCGCGACGCCAGAGGGUGUACAGCGUGCGAGAGAAGAGUACGAUGCGGAGCUCGCGAGACUGGUGUUAGAGGAUAAGCCGGAUUUGGUGGCCUGCUUGGGGUUCAUGCAUGUGCUCUCGGAGGGUUUCUUGGGACCCUUGGAGGCCAAGGGUGUGAGGAUUGUGAACUUGCAUCCGGCCUUGCCGGGCGAGUUCAACGGAGCGAAUGCCAUUGAACGAGCUCACCAGGCAUGGCUCGAUGGUAAGAUUGAGCGGACGGGGGUCAUGAUCCAUAAUGUCAUAUCAGAGGUGGAUAUGGGGAAGCCAAUCCUUGUAAAGGAGAUACCGUUUGUGAAGGGGGCUGAUGAGGAUCUGCAUGCAUUCGAGCAAAAGGUGCAUGAGAUUGAGUGGGGGGUUGUCAUUGAGGGGUUACAGAAGACCAUUGAGGAGAUGGGGACGGCGAAAUCAUAG